GACGUGUCACAUGACCAGACCUAUACAACAGCACUCACACAGAAGGGACGGAAGACAGCACAGGUGAGACACUGAAGGACAGGUGAGAGAUUGAAGGACAGGUGAGAGACUGAAGGACACGUGAGAGACUGAAGGACAGGUGAGAGACUGAAGGACACGUGAGAGACUGAAGGACAGGUGAGAGACUGAAGGACACGUGAGAGACUGAAGGACAGGUGAGAGACUGAAGGACACGUGAGAGACUGAAGGACAGGUGAGAGACUGAGGGACAGGUGAGAGACUGAAGGACAGGUGAGAGACUGAAGGACACGUGAGAGACUGAGGGACAGGUGAGAGACUGAAGGACACGUGAGAGACUGAAGGACAGGUGAGAGACUGAGGGACAGGUGAGAGACUGAAGGACAGGUGAGAGACUGAGGGACAGGUGAGAGACUGAGGGACAGGUAAGAGACUGAGGGACAGGUGAGAGACUGAGGGACAGGUGGGAGACUGAGGGACAGGUGCAUUUGGGGCAGGUGUGGCAGGUCCAGAGAAAACAUGAGGACAGGUGAGCUGCUCGGAGCCUCUCUGCUGCUGCUGGGACUCACCACUUCAGAUGGGUUCUUGAAAUAUGACACAGAGCUCUGCAGGUUUAACUCCUCAGACCUGAAGGACAUAGAGUAUGUUUACUCGGAGUACUAUAACCGUGUGGAGUUCUUACGCUUCUCCAGCCGUGUGGACUGGUACACCGGGUACACAGAGUUUGGGCUCCGUGAGGCCAACAUCGCCAACAAUGACACUGACCGACUGACCCGGAGACGCAUGAUGAAACAACACUACUGUCUGCAGCAUGUGCACAUGUGGUACAAGAACGCUCUGAACAGAACCAUGACUCCUGAGGCCGUGCUAACCUCUACAGCGCCCUCUGGAGGCUCACAGAGGCUCUUCACCUGUAGCACCUUUGGCUUCUUCCCCAGAAGUAUCUCCAUCUCCUGGACCAUCAACCAGCAGCCUCACACCUCAGAGGUGUCCUCCACAGACACACUCCCAGACGGAGACUGGCUCUACCAGGCCCAUAGCCAGCUCAGCUACUCCCCUAGGUUUGGGGACAGAGUUUCCUGUUGGGUCGAACACGCCGCUCUGAGAGACGCCCUGGAGGUGCCCUGGGAGCCGGUUUCACAUGGAGACAGAAAUAAAAUCGCCAUCGGGAUUUCAGGUUCAGUUCUGGGUUUGGUCCUGGCUCUGAGCGGAGUCCUGUACUACUGCAAGAGACGCAAAGAUCACGACUUGGUCCCGACUCAACUUUAAACCUCCAGAAUUAUAUUACAAAUGGUAAAAGGUCACAUUUGUAUUAAUUUGGAUUCAUUUGACCCUUUGCACUGUUUUUAAAAAUGGUUUGAAAACAGCAGGAAAAAGUUUAAAAUCAAAAUACUUAAAAUGUGUUUUCAAAUCACAUGUUUCUAUUGUGGGUGUUUGUAUUGAUUUGUAUGUAUUCAUGUAUUAUGUACAGAACCUCUCAAACAGAAAACAUUCUGUUCCACUUUGUGAUGUCAUGUGGUGAUACAGGAAGUGCUCCACUGUGUUUUUAAACUCCACACAUCUUCACUAGAAUCAUUUGGAUAAUUUUAGCCCUGGAAUUUCCAAUCUUUACUGAACUAAAGGUAAAAAGCAGCUGUUAAUUUGAAAACAUUAUGACCACAAGGUGGAACAGAGCAUUUUGAGCGUUGUAGAUGUAGACACACUAAUAAUGCAGUGUUACUCAAACAUGUGUGAAUGAAACAAAACACAACUCCAGGUCUGUUUUUGAGGAGGUAACAGGAUUAUAACAUGACUUAAAGCUCAUGAGAGUCAGUUUUGUGUAAUAUUGUAGAGAAGCUUGUGGCCUGGUGUGACUCACAUAAACUGCAGAUUAAUACAAGUAAAACAGUAGAAAUGGUGAUUGACCCCAGAGCAGCUGGUGACCAUUGCCCAGUGACCAUUCAUGGCCAUAACAUAGAGCAGGUGAGCUCCUUUAAGUAUCUGGGAGUCCAUAUUGACAGAGAUCUGAGUUGGAAUACACAGGUGACCACUGUUUGCAGCAGAAUACACCAGCGCCUCCAUUUCCUGCACAGGCUCAGAUUAUUUGGUGUCAGUUGUAACAUUAUGCUCAUUUUCUACAGAGCUACCAUUGAGUCAGUUCUAAGAUAUGGAAUCACCAGCUGGUUUGGAAACUUGGAAAAUUUUAAAUCUGGUGAGGACAGCAGGGAAAAUUAUGGGCUGUGCUGUCCCUCUGAGCCCUCAAGAACUUUACGAACAGGCCAUGAGGAGACAGACCAGGAGCAUUCUCUCUGACCCGACACAUGUGUUCUAACCUGAGUAUGAACUGUUGAGUUCAGGGAGGAGGUACAGGGCAUCACGGUGGAGAUAUAACAGAUAUAAACAUUCAUUUGUACCUGUUUCAGUGAAACUGUUAAAUGAUAAAUGAUGUAAAAAUGAGUGGCGGUGUGUGGAGAGAGAUGUACUGCACCCUGUGUAUGGUUCUGUUGUUUACUGUGGUGUGAGCAGCCCAUUGGUCCAAGAAAAAUUUCUCCUAAGGGAGACAAAUAAAAGAAAUCUUGAAUCUUGAAUUGGACAUUUAAAAUAAAAAUCAAACAAAAAAAUAUAUAUAUAAACACGACUUUAUUCUUUGGUAAUGUCUGAUUUCUCAUUUUAAAAUCAUUUAAUAUAAAACAUAAAAGGAAACAUUUAGCACUGAUCUUUGGUUAAAUCAGGACAAGUGCCUCUUUUGUGUCACAUUCCUUAAAUAUCUCAAUAAACGUUACUUUUGGCUCAGUUUAUGUC